AUGCUCCUUAGUAUCUCCUUAGUGGAGGUUGCUACAGGGGCAUCAGUGGGACAGCGCGUCCCAGAAGAGGAGGUGCUCCAGCUCCCGAUUCUGCCCACCACAGCAGCCGACAGUUUCUUCGACAGCUUUGGGAACUUUUACCGCGUUGACUAUGGCAACCAUCGGCUGACCGUUUGCUUCCGACAGAUCACGUGCAUUUUCAGCGCCUGCAAGGAUGCAGAUCCUGCCGCGGCCUUAGGCACGUCACAUUUUUGCAGGCAACAGAAGCGACCAAGCAAUGAUAUUACAAACAGUUCAGCCCCACUUGCGGAAGAUAUACUCGGAUAG